AUGGUGCCUAAACUACCCCCCUUCGGCGCUCUUCGUUUGGCCUCGCCCCGAGACAUUCUUCGAAUCGGCAUUGUUGCAACAGCUGGUUUCCGGUAUUCUCCCGUAUUCGACUGGGAGCGGCCGUAUCAUGAGAAGUUCCCAAAUGACACGAUUCUCUCUUACCGUCAUGGUUUCGCUUCUGCCCUGAAGAGCCCCGACUCCAUUGUCCUCGUCGCCGUCGAUAAGUUUGACCCUGAGGAGUCAGGGAAAACGAAGGCUAUCAUCCCAACAGACAAUGGCUGGGAAGCCCCUAAUGCAGGGGACGAGGUUGUCGUUGGAGUUGCGUACUGGAAACUAGAGCAAGGGUCAAAGCGGAUUGAUGAAGGUCAAGAUGAUUUAGACCUCUACCCGGAGUUGCCGGCAUGCCCGGAUCGUGACAAACACGAGGAGCAUUACAAAGUAUUCGGCGACCGCGCUGAAGAAGCUGAGCAUAAGCAAGGUGUAAUCGCAGCGACUAUGGGCAAGGCACUUUUCGCAUCCAUGGGCUACGAGAACUUGGAAGAUAUCAAGAUUGAGGGGGAUGAGGUUGUUCCACAGGGAGUCACUGUUUCUGCCAUGGUCUUCAAGCCAGACGAGAAACCAGAUGAAUCGGCUGAGCUUUGA